AAGGUGCUCUGGUCCGACGUGCUCUACUCCCCCAAGCGCGAGGCGUUCCUCCGCAAGUGGGUCCCCACGGACAUCACGUACGCGUCUUUCAUCGGCGUCAUGCACCUCGGAUGCCUCCUCGCGCCCUUCACCUUCACCUGGUCCGCGUUCAACUGCUUCCUCGUGAUGUACUUCAUCACCGGCUGCCUCGGCAUCACGCUCUCCUACCACAGGCAGCUGAGCCACAAGAGCUUCACCACGCCCAAGUGGCUCGAGUACGCUCUCGCGUACUGCGGCGCCAUGGCGGUGCAGGGCGACCCGCUGGAGUGGGCGUCGUCGCACAGGCACCACCACCAGCACUGCGACACCCCCAAAGACCCCCACACCCCUUACGAGGGGUUCUGGUGGUCGCACUGCGGCUGGCUCCUCGACAACGAGGCGACUCUGAAGCGCGUCGGCGACCGCAGCAACGCGCAGGAACUCGCGGCGCAGCCGUUUUAUAGGUUCAUGGAGAAGACGUACAUGUGGCACGUGCUCGCGCAGGCGGUGGCGCUUUACGCGAUGGGCGGCCUGCCCUGGCUCGUGUGGGGUUUCUGCGUCCGCACGUGCUGGGUGUACCACAUCACGUGGGCGGUCAACUCCGUCUCGCACGUGUGGGGCUCCCAGACGUACAACACGGGCGAUCUGAGCCGAAACAACUGGUGGAUCGGGAUCCUGGCGUUCGGCGAGGGGUGGCACAACAACCACCACGCCUUCGAGUUCUCCGCCAGGCACGGGCUGGAGUGGUGGCAGAUUGACAUGACCUGGAUGUGCAUCUGCGUGCUCAAGUUUUUCGGGCUCGCGGAUAAGGUGAAGCUGCCCAAGCAGGCGCAGAUGGACCGCAUGCGCAUCAAGCCCGCCGCCGCGUGA